GGUUGCGAUCCGUCAACAAAUGAUAUGAAGAAGAAAUAGUCUACGUUAAACCUCGUAUCAAAGGCAACUGCGAAAACAACAGAGAAUGGGACGUAAACAAAACAAAAUCAGUUUCGGAAGCAACCCACAGAGGAGCUCUACUGAGAGCGGAGCCUGCAACCGGAAGCGACGCAGAGUGGAGCCGGAAGCGAGCCCUGCAGCAAGACCCCUCUCCAAAAAGGGAAAACGAUACGAGAGGGGGGACACACCCAGCCUGCUGCUCUCCUUCCAUGCUGUGCCCACACAAGAGUCACUGGAUUCUGGUUGUGACAAUGGAGCGCAGUGCUCAUUGGUGGAUUCAGAGAUGACAUCAGUGAAGCAGGAAGACUGCAGUCAAACACUGGGACUGAAUGAUAUUAAAUGCGAAGAGGAGGAGAAUGUGGGAUGCAACAAUAUAAAAAAGGAAGAGGAUGAGAAGAUUGUGGGAUUGAUUGAUAUUAAAGAUGAGAAGAUUAUGGGAUUGAUUAAACAUGAGAUUCCUGGAGAGGAGACAUCUCAACAACAGCAACACCCUGAAGAUAAGAACUGUGUUUCCUGGAGGGAGGACAAACCCAGCCUUCUGCUCUCCUUCCAGACUGAGCCCAAACAAGAGUCACUGGAUUCUGAUUGUGACAGUAAAGCUCAGUGUUCAUUGGUGGAUUCAGAGAUGACAUCAGUGAAUCAGGAAGACUGCACUCAAACACUGGGACUGAACAAUAUAAAUUAUGAAGAGGAAGAGAACUUUGGGACUGUAAUUAAUGACGUGGCUGAAGGAGGAGAAGAACUGGAUUUGGUGGUCGAUCUCCUGGCAAAACCUUUUUCCAGAAGGACCUUUCAGGGAAAGCUGGAUAUUGUGAGGAAGGGUCGACCAAACCCGCAGCUAGCAGCCCUGUCCCAGCCUGGGAAAGGGUUUGUGAGGCAUUUUCAGUCAAGCAACUAUGAAAGGUACACCUGGCUUACAGCAUCAAAGGAACGUUGCAAAUUGUAUUGCUGGGAAUGCCUGUUAUUUGGAACCGAUCGGAAUGGUGUUUGGAGCCAGGCUGGUUUUGCCAACCUGAAUUGCCUAACCAAGGCAGCAACGAGACACCAAAGCACUGCGGGACACUUGCAAGCAACGGUGCUAUUGAAAACGUUCGGAGAUGUCCGUGUGGAUGUACAACUCAACGAACAAAUGCAAAGGGAAACGGAGCUCCACAACGAGAAAGUCAAGAAAAAUAGGGAAAUACUGAAAAGGCUGAUCGACUGUGUCAUAUUUCUGGGUGUGCAAGAGCUUUCAUUUAGGGGACAAGAUGAAAGCAAGGAGUCCACAAACAGGGGCAACUUUGUUGAGCUUAUUUCCUUUCUAGCAGAGCACGACAAAGACUUGCAUUAUCACCUUUCCACUAACGAAGUGUUUACUGAGACGUCAGGCAGCAUACAGAACCACCUGAUCAGCGCUGUAGCUGAAGUGAUGGGAGAGGAGAUUAAAAGGGAGAUCAGUAAAGCACCUUUCGUUGCAGUUCUGGUGGACGAGUCUACAGAUGUGAGCACUGCCGCCCAGGUUGCCCUGGUGCUCCGUUAUGUGACAGACACUGGGGUCAAGGAGCGGUUCGUCAGAUUUGACGAUGUGACGAGGGGCAAGCGGGUUGACGAUCUGGCCACUCUCAUUAUCCAAUUUCUGGAGGAACACGAAUGCCUGGAUAAAGUUGUGGCGCAGUGCUUUGAUGGCGCUGCCAACAUGGCAUCUGGACUAAAUGGGGUGCAGGCUAAAGUUAAGGUGAGGGCCCCCAUGGCUUUAUUUGUACAUUGCUAUGCACAUCGACUUAAUUUAGUACUGACUCAAGGGGCUUCUAAGCUUCGCGAAUGUAGGCUCUUUUUUGCGCGUCUCAGUGGCCUAGCUGUGUUUAUUUCCAGAUGCCCAGAGCGCACGGAGCUGCUUGGUGAUAUCUACCAGCGGCAUCUUCCUCGUGUGGCACCGAAAAGGUGGCAUUAUAGUUCAAGGUUGGUCAACACAGUCUUGGAGAAGAGAGUUGCCCUGAAGGAGCUGUUUGAGCACAUAUUAGAUCACCACGACGAGUUCGAGGAGGAUUCAGUGCGCCGUGCGGACGGAUGCAGUGCAUAUCUGGAUGAUUUUGAGUUUUGUUUUUUGCUUUCCACUUUUCAUGUGAUUUUUGAGUAUUCAGACAUUCUUUUUGGAAUACUGCAGAACCGACCACUCGAUGUACAAUUCUGUUUGGCACGAAUUGACGAGUUUUGUGAGACCAUUGAGAGUGAGCGAGGGCAAUUUGGUGAGAUUUAUGAAUCUACUGUGCGCAGAACAGGGGCGCCAAGCCCACUGAGAGGCCAAGCCCCGGGGGACGUUCGAGCGAGGUACCAGAAACUCUACAGUGACAUUUUUGACAACGUCCUGGCCCAGGUACGGAACCGAUUUAAAGACCACGAGAAAGUCGUGUUUCUCUCUCUCCUCGACCCUGAGCAGUUUCAGACAUACCGGAAAAAAUUCCCAGGUGUGGCCUUCACCAGCUUAACACAGAGCCACGGAAAACUCUUCGACCUGCCCCGGCUUAAGACGGAACUGACUGUGAUGUAUGCCAUGGCGGAUUUUGAAGGGAAGAGCCCCGCUGAGCUCCUCGCUUUCCUUCAGCAGAAAGAUCUGUGCAUCAGCAUGCGGCAACUCUACAUGCUGGCGUGUUUGGCGGUGACCGUCCCGGUAUCUGCUGCCUCGGCCGAGCUGACAUUUUCAGCCCUAAAACGCAUUGAAAUGUAUUCAAGGAAUAAGACUGAGGAGGCUCGACAGUCAGCACUGGCCUCCAUGGCCAUCGAGAAGGACCUUUUACAGGAACUGAAAGGCGCCGGGGUGCUGUACAACCGCGUUAUUGAAGUCUUCAUGAAAAACGAAAGAAGGAUGGACUUUGUCUUCAAAUGAUAAGCAGUUUUGAUGAGAUUCCAGAAAUGGAGACGUUUCGUACAUCAGAAGAGGAACCACAGGAAGACCACAUAGAUGUGAGUCCCCACCACUGCUCCUGUUAUGAAGAAAGGGCAUUACCUCCAUCACAGUUCAAAAGAUACCUUAAAUUGAGACAUUUGUGAGACAUUUGUGGGAAUUAUUACAUAACUUCAGAUGAACUUGCUGUUCAUGAGAGAGGGCACGCAGGAGAAAAGCUGUACUCCUGUUCUGACUGUGGGAAGAGCUCUCAAAAUGAAGGCCUAAAAACACACCAACAAAUACACACCAGAGAAAAACCUUACUCCUGUUCUGAAUGUGCGAAGUGUUUCAGUACAUCACAUUAACUUCAUAUUUAUCAGCGAGUCCACACUGGAAAGGGGCCUUACUCCUGUUCUGAAUGUGAGAAAAGUUUUAGUACACUUCGUUCCCUUAAAUAGCAUGAGAGAAAACAUACUGGUGAGAAACCUUACUCCUGUUCUGACUGUGGUAAAGGUUUUAGUACACUUGGUUCCCUUAAAGGUCACAAGCUAAUUCGUACUGGAGAGAAACCCUACUCCUGUUCUCUGUGCGUGUCAUUAGAUCAUCUGAACUUACUAGUCAUCAGAGAGUGCACACAGGUGAGAAGCCAUACUUGUGUUCUGACUGUGGGAAGUGUGUCAUUACAGUCACAUGGCCUCUAACUUCACCAGCGGAGACAUACUGGAGACAAACCUUUUUCCUGUUCAUACUGUGGGAAGUGUUUCAUUACAUCCAGAACUUACUAUUCAUCAGAGAUUGCACACGGGGGAGAAAUUGUACUGUUGUUACAAGUGUGAUUAUAGUUUCUCUCAAUCACAUAGCCUUAAACGUCACCUGCAGAGAUAUACUGGAGAGAAACCUUACUUCUGUUCUGACUGUGGAAAGUGUUUUGUUACAUCAUCUUACUUUUCAUCAGAGAGUGCAUAAGUAGGAAGCAUUACUCCUGAGUGUGGGAAGAUAUAUUUUUCCUCUUCAAUCAGCAGUGCAUAUGUAGUAAAGUAAAAUGAUCUCUUGACGAGUCCAAGGCUUUAUUGUGUUUUCCUAUAAAUGUUUCUUGGAUUAUUUAGAAUGUUUGCUUUUGUUGCAUGAAGUGAAUUAUUCUCCAAUAUGUUUACAUUUAUUGUUUUCUAAAGGUAAAUGCUUAACUACUUAAUGUAUUAGUUACUAUUGUUAGCAAAGAUAUAUUUGGCGUUAAAACACAUGUUCCCCUAAACAAUCUAGAACGACCAAAUUUGCAGUUGAUUACUAGUAACAGACAUCAAUUGUUUAUACAGACAGACAUAGUUUUCAAUAAGUGAGCCUCAAAUAAAUGUUUAUCUCGCCUGAUCUAAAAAAAAAAAACUAGGCUAUACCCACUAUUGUUGGAAAAAACAAGCAUUUGCUCACAUUUACCUGUAGAAAUACAAAUUUUCUGCUUUCUCAAAUUUCCACUAAAUCUGGUUGUUCUAUGAAGGACGUCACUGUUUUGACCGUAGCUCAUAUAACUGGCUACAGAUAUCAAUAGUUAAUUUCAAUAGUUAUGGUUUUCAAAGUGCAAGGCUUAAACAAUUUACCAAUUUAGAAAUGAUAGAUGGUUGUCCAUCUAAAAGGAAUAUGAUGUAUAUUUUAUAGUCGACUGCCAGCUACUGAUCUCAAUAGUUGUAGUCUUUUAGAAAGAGAAAAAAAAAUGGAACACCAUGUACGUUAAUCAAUAAAUCUGCUGGCAGGAAUAUGAAAGACAUCCGAUGUCUUUUUAAAUCAAGUGCAACCACAACAAUAUACACCUGACUUGUGUGAUUGGUACAGCACGUAUACUAAAUGAAACAGGAUAUGACCUCAUGGAUUUGUCAUGUCUUACUUCCAUCCACUCUGUUAUAAUUCACUCCUUCUUGCCCAUUAUGUGUUGAGUCUCUCAGAGAUGUACCCUCUGUCUGAGUGAAAUGAGACCAAAAUGUCUGAAUAUGAAUGUGUGCAUUGUUUUUAUGUAAAUAUUUUGAAUGCUUGUGCUUUUUUUGUUUUGGCCAAGAUGAUGUCAAUAUGCAUUUGUAGCUAUGAGGGGAGUCUCAAGUUUGCCCUUAGUAGCAAGUAUUACUUAGAUUGUCACUUGGUUAUUGAGGAUUCCUUGGUUUGUAAAACUGUGAUAAA